UCCUCUCCUCUUGCUUCUCGUCUUGUAUUUGCUUCAAUCCCUCAACCAUCGCUCUUCCUGUCGCUGCUACUUCUCCCCUCCACCUCUUCCUUCCUUCCUUCCUUCCAUCUUCGUUAUUCGCCUCCUGAAAUCUAGGUCGAUCGAUGGAACCCCGAAGAGCGGAUCCCUUCCGCCUUAUUCCUGUCCCGUUGAAUUGCUCUCUGCAUCUCCAGUCCGACGAGACGCUGCUCUAAAAAUUGUCGGGAGAGAAUGUCGCAGACUUCCCAGGCGAAAGCUCGCAGGUCUUCACCAAAAUCAAACCCAGCUCCGCGCAAAAGGCGGAAAAGGACGGUAGUAAGUGGUGCCGCCGAGGACUGCUUUACUUGCGCCCGGAGUGGCUCCCAGUGCGACCGGCGGCGCCCCUACUGCACCCAUUGUCUCGAAAAUGGCCUAGAGUGCGCUGGUUACAAGACAACUCUGACGUGGGGGGUUGGGGUUGCCAGCCGGGGGAAGUUCCGUGGGCUGUCGCUUCCCGUAACGGGGGCACAGCCAGCCGGAGGGGACCUGAGACAUCAUCAUGCAGCAAAGAUCCAGGAGGUGUCGCAAUGUGGUCCGUCUCCAACUUCCACCGUUCCGGCCUCUCUGUCAGACCUCCAACCCCAACUUCCUUCUCCAACUUCGGAUUCCACUUAUGAAAAUCCCCCGCACAGAAGAGUCCUAUCCACGCCCGGCCAGCCAUGGGCUUACUGGAACCAACCAGGCAUACACCAACCGAUCCCGAUCAGUCACCCGCAACAUCCUCCACUGCUAUACCCGGGGACGGACUCAUCGACGGACAUUGAAUCACCGCCACCUGGGAGCAGCUGGCUGGCGGAGGUGUGGAUGUCGACCCGGUCACCAGCGUCCGGAGAAUGCCCAGCUCAUACUCAAGCCGUAUGGGAAGGCGACCAGACAGUGGAGGAUCUGGACGGACGCCGGAAUUCGCACUCUUCUCUCAUGAGCACCUCGCAAUCUCCCUCGUUGUCACAGCUGCUCCUUGCCCGAUCCGUCGGACAGACGCCACGGCUACGAUAUCUGAUCAGCUAUUACGCCGAGGUUAUCGCUCCGGUGAUUGUUGCGUUCGACAGCCCGACGAAUCCGUUUCGCACAUCCAUAUUGCGUUUGGCUCAGGAUAGUACGUCUCUGCAGGAAGCGAUUGCAACGUUAUCUACCAGCAAUCUCCGCCAAAGACGCGAGCGGGGGGUCAUCUCGACGGGAAGAACAGAACCGGCCCGCAUGUCCUCCUUAGCCCACCGUGCUUUGACGGGGACAGCCCUUCAGGAGUGGUACGAUCCUUCUGUGCUGGAAGGAUUUACGCGGGAGGAACAGUACCAUCGGGGAAAAGCAGUACAGGAACUGAACAAGGAGUUGGCGGAUCCACAGAAGAGACUUUCAGAUUCUGUGCUCGCCACCUUGCUCAUACUGUGUCUAUUCCACGUAUGUGAUACCGGAGUGGCCCAAUUUAAGACGCAGUUUGCCGGUGUGACCAAGCUGUUGGCGAUUCGAAUGCGCAACUCUCCUUGUCUAUCCGACGAAUUGAAGUGGUUCAUCCGCAUGUUCACUUGGUACGAUACAAUGACGGCGACCACAAAUGAUCGUGAGAUCCAGCUGCAUACCACCUGCGUAGACCUUGCUGCAGUGUCAGAUAGUGAAUGGGGGCUUGAGAAUCUCGUCGGGUGCGACGCUGGUCUUUUUAGGUUAAUCGCGCACCUGGGUCGCUUGAAUCUCCUGAGCCGGAACCAGCAGGCCAACACCGCUGUUCCAUCCAAUAUUUUCAUCCCAACUACAACACCACCGCCAUCCAUGGUCUACUGCACACCAAACCUGUUUCCCCCAGGAAUUCCUGCAGCGAUCGACCCGAGUGGGUUCCGACCGCCCACUCUUCCGCGGCCAAGUGGGCAGGCCCAGCAGCCGUUAUCGCCAGCGUUCUGGGCCGAAUGGUAUUCAAUUCGACAGCAACUGGAAGCAUGGCGGUUGCCGCGGGAUCUUCCGGGAUCUGUCUUCCCAACCCCAAGUCGUGUCCCGUACGGCCGGACCAUGAUGGAUGCUUACAUGUCGCCGCCAUCAUCACCGCUGGCUCGGUGUGGAGUUGCACCUGAGAACGUCAAGGAUGUCCUGCACAUCUCUGAAUCAUUCCGGCACUCGGCGAUCCUGUACAGCGAGCGCCUUGCCUAUCCGGAGGUACCAUCCCAUCACCCUCGUAUCCAGCAGAUCGUACAGCGCUCCAUUGCUCACAUUCUAGCGGUCAAAUCUGAUGUAUACCUCCUGUGGCCGUUAUUCAUCACCGGGUCCGAGUGUGUGCUAGAGGAGCAUCGCCUCAUCAUCCAAGAGCGUUGUAAAGAUAUCUCCACGGAUUCAGGCUUCAUCAACAACUUGUCCUGUUUGGAGCUAUUGCAGAAAAUCUGGGCGGAGAACCCAUCCAGCACUCCUGGUGUAAACGAGAACAGUAGCAGUGGAUAUAUCGGUACCGCACAGGACGGCGGCCUGUUGGCGUCGCCGCUUGGUUGGUCUGCCUCUGAUGCGGUUGUACCGGACGGGGCCUCCUCCCGAGGGUCAGCUUGUGUUGUAAAGAGCCAAGGGUUCCGAUGGUACCAAGUGAUGCAGGCCAAACGAGCGCAGGGCGAAUACAUGGUAGUGUGACAUGGAUGCUGCCUGUAUCUAAUUCAGACGUUUUUUUUUUUUUUUCUUUUUU